UUGAAACGAACAAUAGAUUUCUAAAUUAUUUCGUACGGAGAGAAGAGAGAGUGGGAGAGAAUGGCGAAGAGCAAAGAUGAUAUAAAGUACGGGACAGCGCAAGCGAAGCUAUCGGAAGAUGAAACGCUGAGGGUGGCGUACAAGGCCGGCACGCCUCUGGAAGCUGGCAAGAUCGCAGAAUCUGAGCCCGUCGAUUUCUUCUCCAGCGCCCACAACAUCUCCAGCCAGAAGCCCCGCGACGAUCGGUCCCAGCUCCGCGGCGGCUCCGCCGACACCGGCGGAGGAAACUCCACUUCCGCCACCAACAGCUAAGCAAUGGAGAUAAAAAAGUCGUGGUUGCCUUCCUUCUUACCCUCUUGUAAUCCCUCUUCCCCGAGGCUUUGUCCGAGAUAGAUUCCCAUGGAAUGGCAGUUAGAUCUAAAAUAUUUUCUCUUCA